AUGUUUCCCAGAAAGCUUAUGUCCGUGGGCAACUCCUUGCUGGAAAAGGCGUCUCUGCCUGUCAGCAAGGCCACAUUUACGCUGAUGACUUAUAACAUGCUUUCUCCAUACUAUAUGUGGCCGCAAGUUUAUACAUAUGUGCCGGAUAAGUACAAAGAGUGGUCAUAUCGACAUCGUCUGCUGGAGAGGGAAAUUCUCAACCUGUACCGAGCGGACAUUAUGUGUGUGCAAGAACUGACUUGCAAAGACUACGACGGCUUUUGGAAGACGCAUUUCAAAAAUAAGAUGAACUACGGCAGCAGUUUUAUCUCGAAGACUCCACCCAAGUACUGGAAAAGACCCAAUGACGAGAUGGACGGGGUGGGAAUAUUCUACAACUUGGAAAAGUUUGAGCAUAUCUCGACGACAAGCAUCUACCUUAACGAUUUGAUAGGACUCUUCAAUAUUAGUGAGUUGAACUAUUUGAAAAGCACUAUUAUCACGCUAACUAACGGAGCGGGGGAGCCCGUCGACAAAGACAGUCUACUAAACGUUUUACAUGGCAGAAACCAGGUUAGCUUGUUCGUUUCUCUAAUGCACAAAGAAACGCGCACGUUGUUUAUUGUCGUCAACACUCAUUUAUAUUGGAAGUACGACGAGGUCAAACUUUGCCAAUGUCUAACAAUCAUGCGGAAACUCCAUCGCGUGAUCAAACAACUACUUAUGGGAAGAGAAGGUGCCACAUACUCUCGUGUAAAAAUCCUGUUCGCAGGCGACUUGAAUUCGACUCCGGACUCGCCUGUCGUCAAAUUUCUGAAGGGAGAAAGCGUCCAUCGGUCGGAUUUCAGCCUCAUCAACCCUCUCAGACCAUACCUUAACCACUACAUUUACCAAGACACUUCAUCCGAACUAUUUGAACACACAUGUUAUUCUGGAAAACUCAAGGGCAUAUUUGACUAUAUUUGGUACCACGAUAGCGAUUUUCGGCUCAAACGCAUUUUGAGCGGAGCAGAAGUCUCACAAGAACUGCGACAGUUGAAGGAACAUGGACUACCCAACAAGUUUCACCCAAGCGACCACAUACCGGUGCUAAUAGAGCUAGAGUUACUUGAUUGA